AUGAAUUACCUCAUAGCCUUCCAGAGAGGUGUUCUGGUUUUCCAUUCUGUCCACUCCAUCUACGAGGUCAUCGACUUCCUCGAAAAGUUCUCUCUUUCCACUACAGACACGUACAGUCUCUCCCUCUAUGGCAUACAAGAACGUAUUCCCUUCGACGGCGAAAGAGGGGAGAUUCUCGCAAGCAUCGAUGAGGCCGCUGUGGGGCGUAUGGUCGCACACCUUCCGAAGCUCAGGCAUCUCUCCAUAAACGACUUUCGGUUCCUCGACUCCCCAACUUCUCCACCAUGGUCUGCAGAACCGAAAUUCCAUACUGCAGAUCCCACUCGUCCUGGCCACCCCCUUCCCUUAAACUCCCUCACAGUCCGGCGGAGCACCUACGGUCCCGGUGGCUCCAUCCACGCCCUCCUCCACAUCCUCUCCCUUUUCCAUGGGAGCGAACUUGAUGUGCGCUGUUCCUGGGAUAACUUCGACCCUCCCACCACGGACGCGCUGCACGUCCCCUCCCCGCUCCGGUUCGCGAGCAUCAGCUUCACGCUGCCCUCGACGUCCCCAUGGACAGUGGACGGCCGCCUGCGCGCGCUCCGGUUCGCGGAGGCGCUGCGCGGGCUGGGCGACAACCUCGCGCCGGGCUGGCCCCGCGGGAAGUUCGAGGCGCAGUACGACUCCCCGCGAGCUCUGGACGCCAUCGGACGCAUCCUCGCAAAGGAGGGCGGCAGCCUGCACGGGCUGACCCUCGCUGCCGCAGCACCGCGCAAGUUCGAGUGGCGGGGCGCCUGGGUUGAUCCUCUGGACGAGCACUGGCAGCGGCUGCAGAUAUCCUCCUGCACGGCACUCGUCGAGCUCACGCUCCAUGUCUUCCUCCGCGCGCACGACCAUCAGGCUGGCCCCAAGUACGCCGCAUCGUGUGCCGCGUUGCUCUCCGCGCUCCAAUCCCGGCAUCUGCAAGUGCUCACGAUUUUUAUCGUAGACUUGUCCGCGCCCGAGCUCCUGAGAGAGCGGUUCGCGCUCGGCGCGGUCGACGCCGCACUCAAACCUGAGCGCUUCCCGGCGCUAAACAAGGUGGUCGUCUUCUUCGCUUCCGUCCAGCAGCCCGAUGGACCUGUCAGUGCGUUCACGCCCUUCCAGCACGCAGUCGUCGCACAGUUGCCCCUCCUCUUCGCACGCGGGAUCCUGGUUGUUCAGAAGGUCCCUAUUUUUCGACCUCUUGCUCAGCGGCUUCUGAGCGAGUGA